AUCAUGGAGACAUCGGGAUUCGGUCCUGGCAUACCAGAAUACAGCGGGCUGAAGAGACCAUCGUCGCAAUAUCUGAUCAGCUCAAAUCAUCGUGAACAAAAUUUGUCGGGAAUUGUUAUGCACUUGAAUGGAGUACAGUGUAACUCAUUGAACUUUUCUGCGUUGUUCAUAGUAUUAUCCUAGGGCGAUCGUUUCAUUUGUUGUUCAGACCUAUCCUUCCCUUUCGUUCUACAACAUGACUGAUACCAACCCAUCCUCAAUCGCCCGCAUCACCGUGCUCAUUUCUGGCAAUGGCAGCAACUUACAGGCCCUGAUCGACGCCAUCCGUGACGGUCAGAUCGCUGGUAGAAUUAUCCGCGUCAUAUCGAAUCGAAAGGCUGCAUAUGGUUUGACCCGCGCCGCCAAUGCGUUGAUUGCCACCGAAUACCACAAUUUGCUUCUGUAUAAAAAGAAGUAUGCCAAAUUGGCCGAGACUUCGAAUAGUGAAAUCACCGCGGAUCAAGCUGCACGAGAAGCUUAUGACGCCGACUUGACCGAAUUGAUUCUCAAAGACGAACCCGACCUUGUGGUUUGCGCCGGAUUCAUGCACGUCCUCAGCAUGACGUUUCUGGAGCCCAUGGACAAGGCCGGCGUACCCGUCAUCAACCUUCAUCCGGCGCUUCCAGGACAAUUCAACGGAACCGAUGCUAUUGGACGAGCCCAUAGAGACUGGCUAGCGGGAAAGAUCUCCAAGACUGGCGUAAUGGUGCACUUCGUCAUCAAAGAAGUCGACAUGGGCGAGCCGGUCGAAGUGGAAGAGAUACCGUUUGAGUCUGGGGACGAAGACUUGGAGAAGUUUGAGGAAAAACUCCAUCGGGUUGAAUGGGGCGUCAUCGUGAGAGGUACACGCAAAGCAAUUGAGGCUGUUAAGAAGCAAAAAGAGCAACGUUGA